AUGACUUGGAUCUGUGCCACGGUGGUACACUUUUGCUUUGGAUCGAGUUACUCGGAGCCUUCCUCCAGAACACGCCGAUGGCAAGAGCUAUCCGACGCCGUCGAGAAUUGGCUGAUCACCCGACCGGAUACAUUUGACCCAAUCUGGUAUAGCGAAGCCGUCCAGGAGAGUGGAAACCCAUUCCCAGAGAUAUGGUUCACGGCAGAUUGGCAUAUUAUGGCAUUCGGAUUUUAUCAUCUUGCCUGUAUGCUCUUGGUCAUCUACAAGCCAUCACCUAAAUUUGCAGUCAGGGGCCUACAUAGUACAGCUCGUGAGUCUGAUGUGAGUUGA